AUGUUAUCAAGAAAAUUUAAUAUUAUCAUAUUAUUACUUUGUGUUUUAUUUGUUUCUGCUAUUAAAUCCAGUUCAAAUUUAGUUUCUAGUCCAAAUGCCAACCCUACAAUUUUAAAUUUAAUUGUUGAUUCUAACAAAAACAAUUUAUAUUCAAGUGAAUGUGGUACUGAUGGAACAUAUUCUAGUGAAGUAAACUAUAUACAUAGUGGAUUGGGUUUACAUAUAACGAUUUCAACAUACACCCCAGACUCUAAUGAUGUCAUUAUUGAUGGAUCUGAUCUCAUAAAUGAUUUGAUUAGUUUUGAUAGUGAAGGUAACAAUCCACCUUCUUCAAAAACAUAUUUAAUAGUAUCCAAUGUUGCCUUUGUAAACUUUUUCAGCCUUGACUAUCACAUCUUACAUUCAGAUACCAAUGGAAAGAUGGAAACACAAUAUAUUUUUGAUACAUGUAAAUUUUUAAAUUCUACAAACUUGAGAUUCUCAGGACGUGGGGAAUCAAAAGAAGUAAAUUCAAUUAGUUUUGAAAACUCAAUUUUUGAAAACGUUACUUUCAGAGAAUAUUCCUUUUUUGCCAAAAAAUUCACAACAUCUUUUACAUUUACAAAAUUCAAUUCAGUAUCCUUUGACGAUUCUUUUAUUGUUGAAGAGAUAGAUUCAAAAAAAAAAUUAAAUUUUUGUUCUUUUAAUCAAGUUUCUUUUGGCACUAAAACCCAAAAGUUAUAUUUUAUCGAGGCAAAGGACAUAUCAAUUGAAUAUUCAACUUUUAAUCAAAUUAUAGGUCCAAAAAGUUCAACUCCUGCUUCUUUGUUAAAAAUUUCAAAUAGCGUAAAUACUUUAAUUAUGUUAAAUACUUUUAAUAACUUUGAUGGUGUUUUGGCAGAAUCAAAUAACUCUGUGAUUUCAUUCAGUUUAAACACAUUUUCAAAUAGUAAUAACAAACCAAUCAUCAAAUCAUUGAAUUCAAAUGUAACGUACGAUUCCAAUAUUUUUAAAUAUUCUGGAAAUUCAAAUGAUCAAUUAAUUGAUUGCACAGGCUCAUCAAUUUCAUUUAACCUAAAUAAGGAUGGUGAGAUUUUUGAAAAAAAUCCAAUUUGUAAAGAUUGUUUUAUAUCUAUUGGUCCUAAAACAGUUUGCUCUAAAAAAACAACAACAUCCUCUACCACUGGUGAUGAUGAUCAUCCAAAUGGUUCAGUUGAUGGUAAAUCUGUUUCAUAUCAAUUAUUUAAUUAA